CCCGCCAGGGACCGUUGUUGAGGCGGGCGGCGUGGCAGGGUGGCUGUGAGCCACGCCCACCGCCCUUUCGCGCCAUUGCGAGCGCGCGCAGGGCCCCGCCUGCGGCCGCCGCGGAGCCAAUGGGAAGCGCGCCGAGGCGCGUCCGUGGGGGGCGAGGAGCCUAUAAAGGGCCCGCGCGGCUGGCGGGAAGGGUUCGCAUGGUGGAGGAGGAGAGCACCGCGCCCGACAUCAUGCCCAACAUCAAGAUCUUCAGCGGGAGCUCGCACCAGGACCUGUCGCAGAAGAUCGCCGACCUCCUCGGCCUGGAGCUGGGCAAGGUGGUCACAAAGAAGUUCAGCAACCAGGAGACGUGGUGAGGCAGGGGCGGGGCCGAACUAUGGCUCCUCACACAACAGCCUGCAGCAGUCCCAAUGACAGUCAGACCCAGGAAAUAGAUUUAAGGACCUCCAGUUUUGAGGGGAGCUUGGCAAAGAUCAACACCCUUCAAGGCCAUGCCUACAGCUUUCCCAAUGGGUUUCUGCAAGUGCAGCUGGACACCAAUGAGCUCCUGACUAUUCUGAGGCAGUGUGUGGUGACCCCUGACGUCCGGGACUGCAAACUCUACAUCUAUAGCAAUAUGUAUAGACUGCAAACUCUACAUACAUUACAAGCAAGAGCUCACCCUCAAGUUCAAGGAGUUUCGGGCGUCCUGCCACCGCAUGGCAGCCGUCGACAAGAGUCCUACCCACAUGCUUUCUGCCAUCACGAGCAGCUUCCAGGUGCUAAGCAGCCUCAUCAAGACAUUUGUGAGGCUGGUGUAUGUCAUGUGCUCAUAGACCCAGUACCAAGAGCUGCUGACUCCUUUUUGUCCUCCCACCCCUUUUCAGCCCUAACUUUUUCUCAACCUCUACUUUUUUUUUUGGCCUCCCACCUCUUUUUAGUCUCUAUUUCCCUUUCGGCCUCCCACUCCCUUUUGUCUUCACACCACUUUGAGGCCUCCCACCCCUUUUUGGCCCUCACAUUUUUUUCAGCCUCCCUCCUCUUUUCAGCCUCUGCUUUCGUAUUCAUCUUCCCACCCCUCCUCCGCUUAUACUUUUCUUUCUGCCUCCCACCCCUUUUUGGCCUCCAUUUUUCCGGCUUCUACUUGUCUUUCAGCCACCAAGGCAAAGUGCAGAGCCUUGUGUUCUUCCUGUCGUCAAGUGCCAUUCAUUAACAGGCAGGGCUUCGAGGCAGUGCAGUCACAAGGCAACAGAAAGAAAAAAACAACCCUCUGCAGAAAGGCUUUCUGCAUGAAAAUGCAUCCUUGAUUAAGUGGCUGGUGGUAAUUGAGUGGCAAUUGUAUGCAGGAAUGUGCCAAGAGAGGGACAAGGGCUACUUGUCUUGAUUGACAUCACCAUGAAAUUUGAUGGUGUUAAUGUGCUGCUUAAAACUUCCUGGAAAAUACAUUCUCAGGCCAGGAAACAUAAAGGCAGUUCUGAUUAAAUGUGUCUCCAUAGAAUUGGGUAAAUAAAAAGGGUUUUUUGCCAUUCAUGUACUUUCAUGUUCUCAUUAAUUGGACAAUAAUUUACUUUACCAUUUCCAAAGCAUGAGGGAACAAAAGCAGCUCAGGCUAUGAGCUUGUUCUUUCUGCUACCAAACCAACUCAUGCUUGUCUGCAUUGUAGACCACAGGAAAAUUAAAUAAAAUUUGGA